GUGCGCACUUUUAUUUUUGUAGGCAAGAACGAUCCUACCAAGCUCGCCCAAUCUGGAGUGCAUUUGAUUAGAUCUAAUCAGAUUGGCGUAAACUACCCACAGGCGAUUGGACUGUGUUGAAAACUGCUAGAAACGUGCUUCAUCCGUGCGGUAAACGCGCUGCAGGAGACACGAUUGCUGCCUUUGUGUGUUGGCUAGUGCGACCGUUUCCAGCCUCUGUCGAAGGCGGACGAAGAUUGAGACUAGAGAGGAUUACGCGGUUGUGUAUCAACGUUUCUUCCGCUUUGGUGUUUUCUUUCGGGGGACCACACCGUGGCUUUGUGUGCAUUUUUUUUUGAUCCUUUCAACACCGAGGGCAGUUCGUAUCUGUUCGAUCGUGAAGAAUGAUUUAGAAUUUCAACCGAAGAGUAGCAAAACUGUGGAAGACGGCGAGUGACAAUCGAACGCUGAGGAAAAAAAACAAGUGAAUCUGAUUGUUUUGGCAUAGUUGGGUAGUUGAACUAGUGUCCUUUGUGAAUUUAUUUGGACUGAAAUAUUCGAGAUUUUGUAGGAGAAACUGUUGUUUUAAAUUGGUAAAUAAUUUUAUACCGACACGCCGCUACCGCCUUAACGCUCGGCUCGCUAUUCCUCCCGUCCUACUUCAUCACCCGGCGAGCCCCUCUCAAGUUCGCGCCACCGCUAACGGCCAUUGCACCGUGCACCACCGGUCACUUAGAAAGACCAACCCAUCAACCUCAACCGAUUGGCGCGCUCAAACGACCUUGAUCUUGGGAAAGUGCACCCCGCCCGCGCGAUCGUGCUUCUCCAAAUCGAAAAUCAUCAAACUUGAACGAGUGCCUGCGGCACGGCGUCGAUCGCAGCUUCCCGAUCCGGAUCGACUUUUGCGAUCGCUCACUACUCCUGGUCGCGCGAUCCAGGUUCUUCUUGUGAGAGCAAUAGCACUCUCUUCCCCAGCUUCUCUCGCGUAGGCGCGUCGUCAGAGAAGAACGUCGUUAUCCAACGCUAUAACCGAAUCGUACAUUUCGCGAAAGACACGCACCGCCACCGCCGCGUGUUGUCUCAGUCACCAUCCGACGAAGUCCGCCACUCGCCUACUGAAAGCGGCGCGAAUACAAACGAAGAAGCACGCGGCCGGCCCGGCGCGACGAGCUCUCUAAACAAUUGUUGUUGGUGUGGUGCCAUCGGCAAUAGGCGAAUGAUUCAGUGAGAAAGAGAGAAGACCUCCACCUUGUGUGUGAUCGCGCGCGUUUCAGUUUGACGGUCUGACUGUUUUGAUUUCGAUAUUUCGCGAUCAGUUCAAAGUAAAAGUUAAAUCGGGCAAGAUAGCAUUGGCGCAGUGCACAACAGUAUCGACUAGUCGAACUUGUUUGAAGAAGCCAGUCACUCUGGACAGGACUGAGGUGUGAAAACAGAUUCGGCUGUUUUGAAAGUGCGUUGUGAAUUACGAGAAUUGGUACCAUUUCGGAAAGUUCGGUAUUGCUAGGACAAUGAUGAGUGAAGAUCCGUCCUCGUUGAUGAUGGACCUGCUGUCCGAAGGACGCUUCGGCAUUCAGCAGCAGCAGCAGAAGCAAAGGUCGGGUCAAGUGUCGCGAAUGAUCUCAGAUGACUCGUCUUGCGGUUAUCGGAGUACUUGCCGCAAAGACUCCUCGGAUAUCGGUGAACUGUGUGUGAAUCCGAAAAAGUCGCUCGACCCGGAUUGGUUCAACGAGGAUGAGGAAGUAGAUCUGAGUCAGUUCGAGAACGAGCAGCAAACACGGGAUUAUUUCCGUAAGAAGUUGGCGAUCUUCGAGGCGUCCAUGAAGACUCCGAUGGCUGUGAAUCGUCGGCUGGCGGCGCGCAGGAUCGAGAUGGAAGGCGGUUUUUAUGGUGAGCAGGAGAUGGAGAACGACGAGUGCAUUCCACCGAGACAGCUGCUGAUGUACUUGGUCAGGAUGGGCUCCUUCACGUCGGCGCCCCAGAUCAAGAACGUCGACUGCCAGGAUGACAAGCUGGAGAUUUCCGACGGGAUGUCCAUUCCGGAUCUGAUCGAGUACUGUCGGUUUAUGCGCGGCGAAGACCGGCCCCAGCUGGUGAAACGACAGUUCCUGCGGCCGGACGAACGAACCGAUGGCGCCAUACAGCGGGACCUCGCCGAUGGGUUCCGGAUGGUGAAAUUGGAUGCCAUAUCCAAAAAUGCCUACCAUAUUGCAGCUUGCAGUGAACCGACGAAAGCUGCCGCCAGCUCGUCUCAGCUACGAAUCUUCCAGUGGAACAUGCUCUCGCAAACGCUUGGUAUGCACAACGAUGGUUUUGUCAGAUGUCCAGUGGAAGCGCUGACGUGGGAGUGCCGACGGUAUCAAGUCAUACAAGAGAUAGUACAAAACGACCCGGAUAUUAUCUGUCUUCAGGAAGUGGAUCACUUCAAAUUCCUCCAGAAAAUUUUGGCCACCCAAAACUACGAUGGAGUGUUUUUCCCCAAACCGGACUCCCCAUGCUUGUACAUCAACGACAAUAACGGGCCAGAUGGGUGCGCCGUUUUCUACAAAAAGGACCGUCUCGAGCUGCUAAACCAUUUCACCCGGAUAUUGGAGGUGUGGCGGGUCCAGAGCAAUCAGGUAGCAAUAGCGGCCCUCUUCCGGACCCGUGACACCAAUCAGGAGAUUUGUGUGACCACCACUCAUUUGAAAGCUAGGAAAGGAGCGCUGCUGUCGAAGUUGCGAAACGAACAGGGUAAAGAUUUGCUAUACUUUAUUGAUGGAGUGGCCGACAAGCGCCCGGUGAUCCUUUGCGGGGACUUCAACGCGGAGCCAAUAGAACCUGUUUACAGCACAGUGUUGAACUAUAAGCCACUGGAGCUGGGUAGUGCCUACUCGGAUAUGCUGUCUCGGGAGUUCCCUCAGCUGGCGCAGGAAAACGAUCAGAACGUGGUGAACAUAGUUCCACUUAUGGAACACCGACCUAGCAUAGACUCGAAUCACAGCGUCGAAGACGACUGCAGCUUGAGCUGCACGGAAAGGACAAAGGCUGAAGUGUCGGCCGCAUACGAACCACCUUACACGACGUGGAAAAUACGAGAGGAAGGCGAAGUUUGCCAUACCAUUGACUACAUUUUCUAUUCCAAAGAUCAAAUCACGGUGAAGAACUGCCUCAUGUUCCCGUCGGGUGACGACAUCAGCCAGGACCGUACGCCAUGCUAUCAGUACCCUUCGGAUCACUUUUCGCUAGUCUGUGACUUCGAACUGCAAUCGACGAGCAGCAGUAGUAGUGAAACGAGGCAACAAAAUUCGGAAAACGGACAGCCACAGCUGUAAGAGACGCUUUCCCAGUAAAGAAAAAGAAAACGCCUAACAGGAACACACAGACAUCACACUUACACAACCGUACCGAAAGUAUCAAAUUAGUUUAAGUUUAGUAUCGUAAGUUUAUAAGAGAUGCAGAUGUAUUUAAGCCACGCUUAAAAGCCCAUACCCAGAAUUUUAACGAAACUUACACAUUAGCAAAUCUUCCAUACGAUAGACGCGGAUGCAGAAAGCCUUAGGUUUUUUAUUUAGAGGUUAACUUACAAACAAACGCACCAUGGGAGAAGAUGCGGGCAGUCGAAUCGAUCGGAUCGGUUUGAGGCUGUUUCAACAGAAAACAUAUAUUUGUAGAGUUUGUGAUAUACAUUGUUGUGAUAUUAAGGAGAAUGCGAGUGCUUCCCCCUGGAUGGGUAUGCUAGAAACGAUUACGCAGGAGGGAGAGAUGAAUCCCGAUAGAUUUUUUUCUCUUUUAUUUAGGUUUAAGUGAAUUGACUUAUUUGAGUAGCAGGACGAUUUUCUACCAUACAAAAGAAGGCAUAUUUUAUUUUUAAGCGAUUGCAGCCCUGGUUUAUUUUUUUAAAUGAUAGCCAUCAGAAUCAAAGGUUUUAGGUUAGCAGGCUAGAGAUGAAAUCCAAGAUUCUAUUGAGGUUGAAAAAUGUUAAAGCUGGGCUAAGAAAUAACUUGACACAUGUCAAUUUAACUGGUAGAUAGAUAGAAUCGUCAAUAUGGAAGAAGGUUCAUUUAUGAAAAAUGAGAACUUAGGUAAGACGUGUUGAACAAAUAAAUGUGACCCAUUAAA